ACCUUGUUGGCGCAUGCGCACAAAUAUAUUAUACGCGUCAUCAUUGUGCGACCAUAAGAGUCAAUAUGGCGAGCGGGAAGAAGAGUGCGCUUCUGUCUUCUCUAGCUGCUUAUGGGGACGAUUCGGAGCCGGACUCAGAGCCGGAGUCUGAGGGACAAGAGGCUCAUGGGAGUUUGGUGUCAGCCAGUUACGGGGACGAUGAUGUGGGUCGAGCUGAAGAUGGAGAAGAGAAAGACUCCGGGAACGAAGAGAGUGACGACAACGAGGGAAACUCGGAGGUGGACGAUUCGGACUCGGCUGAACCUCAUGAUGAAUCAAAGGAUGUUCUAACUGGAGAGAAGAAGGAUCCCAAUGAGUUGGUUGCCCAGUUUUCAGAGAAAGUGAGGAACAUGUCACCUGGGGAAAUCCGUAUUCCUCCUGAACCCCCAGGACACUGCUCCAAACACCUACAGGACAAGAUUUGUAAACUGUAUGAAAGAAAGUUGCACGGAGAUUUCGACACCAACAGCCACAUCCAGAAGAAGAAAGAGUUUCGUAACCCCAGUAUUUAUGAGAAACUGAUCCAGUUCUGUAGUAUUGAUGAACUCGGGACGAAUUACCCUAAAGACAUGUUCGAUCCUCACGGCUGGUCUGAAGACUCCUAUUACGAGUCCUUAGCCAAAGCUCAGAAAAUUGAGAUGGAAAAACUAGAGAAAGCCAAAAAGGAGCGGACGAAGGUGACGUCUGAGACAUUAUAAACUUAAACACUACAUUACACAACGCUGCA